AUGACAGACUACACCUACUACAGUUCAUCCGCGUCCAGGGGCUUCACCUUUUUAAUACCCUACCAUGUGCAAGCCAUCUUUGUCAGUACUACGAAGAAGCUACCUUCCGCCGUCCGCCCCGUGUACCGCGAGUAUUUUGGCGACAUCAUGGCAUGUCGAGAUCGAGCUCGAGACUCGGCCGAGAAGAUGCAAGCGUUCGUGAACGAGAACUUUCUGCAUAUUUCGAAGGACCAUAACCGACUAGCGAACCUGAUGAAUGCGGAGAUCGAUAAGCAGAGGAAGAAUGUGUUGGUCAAGAUCCCAAUCACGGGCGAUGGAACGGCGGCUGAAGACGAUGAGGGGGAACCGGUGGCGCAACCGCGUGAGAGGGAGCAGAAUGUCGCUACUCCAGGCAAAAAAGUAACACCGGAAGUUGUGUCAGAAGCCGCCGCGAAGGCGACAGUGUGCGAAGAGUCCCCUGAAGCAGCCUCUCCUCCGACUUUGGCGAAUGCGGAGCUUGUUCGGCCAACCCUGCUUCAGGGCCCCGCGACAUCGUCGGCUUCUCCAACCGGUAUAAACAGCGAACAAUCCGAGGCAGACGAGGAAGACAGCGAGAUGAGCGUAAUAUUGCUCGACACAUCAGAGCCUUGGAACGACUCGCUUUGGCCACACGGUGCCUGGGUAGAUGGCCUGGAAGUCAUCGAUGCGCUUCCAUGGGCGCGCCCAAAGCCGACCUAA